UUCAUCUGCAGCAAAUUGAGGAAGUCUGAAUGGCUAGUCGAGUGAAGGAGGACGAGAAAAAUGAACGAAUUAUUCGUAGCCUUCUUAAACUUCCCGAGAAUCGCAGAUGCAUUAACUGCAACAGUCUGGGGCCACAAUAUGUUUGCACGAAUUUCUGGACAUUUGUUUGCACAAACUGCAGUGGAAUACAUCGGGAGUUCACGCACCGAGUAAAAUCAGUAUCAAUGGCCAAAUUUACUUCACAAGAAGUUAAUGCCCUUCAAGAAGGGGGAAAUCAGCGUGCAAAGGGAAUUUAUCAUAAAGAAUUGGACCCGCAACGUAAUUCCUUUCCUGACAGCAGUAAUGUUGAGAGACUUCGAGACUUUAUUAAGCAUGUGUAUGUGGAUAGAAGAUAUACUGGUGAGAGAAACUUGGACAAGCCUCCAAGGGCGAAAAUGGGUGAGAAGGAAGACUCUUAUGAAAACAGAAGACUGGAUUCAUAUCAGGGAGGCUCUCGAAGCCCACCAUAUGAUGAUACAUAUGAACGUCGUUACAGUGAAAGGUCUAGUCCUGCUGGAAGAAGUUAUGAUGGGCAAAGAAGUCCCGGAUAUGAUCUAGAAGCCCGGCAGUAUAAUGAUUAUAAGAAAAGUCCUGGUCGCCCUGAAAUUGUGAAUGAUUGGCGUCGAGAAGAUAGAUUUGGAAAUGGGAGGCGAAAUGAUGAUCGCAGAAUAUCCGAUGGAGAUUCUAAGCUGGAUGCUGAAUCACCUGAACGACCAAGAGAUCUAGAUUCGUCCAGCCCCCCUAUUGUACGGCCUGUUAGAGAUAUUUUGGGAGAUAACACAAUACCUCCAAAAGCUAACAGUGCCAGGGCUGCUGAUAGCUCUGUGCAGACACAGAGAACUGCGUCGUCCAGCAGCUUGGGAUCCACCAACGGGAAUCCGGUGGAAGUGAAACUGGAGACUUCUGGAAGUUUAAUUGAUUUUGAUGCUGAUCCUGAACCUGCUCCUGCUGCUGCAGUUCCUCAACCGCAACAAACUACUGUAGCUCAAUCCUACCCACAGCCAGCAAAUUCAACCAAUGACAACAAUUGGGCCUCUUUUGAUGUUUCUUCAGAAGUGAAAGCACCUCAAGCUCCUGCGAAUGUGAAUUCAUUGGAAUCUCUACUAUCACAAUUGUCGGUUUCAGCACCUGGCCCUAGUUAUGUUUCUGGAGCUACAGGUAAUAUGGGUGCUCCCACAAUUGCACCAUCAAGCAGUGUGUCGACAUUUUCCCCUGUUGGUGCUCCGGUUCCUGCGCCAGGAUUGGCUCAAGUAUUCCCAGUCAAUGGUGGUAGUUUCCUUGUUAAAGAUCCUACUUCCGGGCAAUGGCCUACCAUGCAGCAUCAGCAACCUUCUUUAUACUCUGCUAAUGGUAUUCAGCCUGCUGCUCAAGAAUAUAUACCGUCAGUUGAUGAAGCUUCAAGCAAUCAGCCAUGGAAUUUAACACACACCCCACAUGCACAAGGUCAGCCAAGUAUCUCUGCACCACAAGCACAACAAGAUGCCUCAAGAUCUGGCCGUGAUGUUAGUACUAUUGCAUCACAACCUUCAGGUGGUGAUGCAAAACCAAGUGGAAGAAGAGAACUUCCUGCGUUUCCUUCUGCGGCAUCCUUUCAAGCUGCCCUACCAAACUUCCAGCCUCUGUCCCGACCAGGUUUAGUGCGCACUUCCCGCCUCAAUACUCCCUCAUCAGCUUGGAUGCCGCUCCAGUCAUCAUCAUAUUCUUCAACAGUGCCUCCCCAAGCACCACAAUAUGCAUCACUAGUGCCUCCCCAGUUAUCAUCAUAUUCUUCAGCAGUGCCUUCCCAAGCACCACAAUAUGCAUCACUAGUGCCUCCCCAGUUAUCAUCAUAUUCUUCAGCAGUGCCUUCCCAAGCACCACAAUAUGCAUCACUAGUGCCUUCCCAAGCACCACAACAUGCAUCGCGAAUGCCUCCAAGUAAGAUGAUGUUAUCAUCAUGUUCUUCAGCAGUGCCUUCCCAAGCACCACAACAUGCAUCACGAAUGCCUCCAAGUAAGAUGAUGUUAUCAUCAUAUUCUUCAGCAGUGCCUUCCCAAGCACCACAAUUUGCAUCACGAAUGCCUCCAAGAGCCUACGUGGUGCAACAAGUUCCGAGUAGCAUGCCACCUUCCGGGCAACCAUAAAUAUUGGGUUUUUUCUUUUGAAUAUUUUCUUACUAUAUAUUCAAUAAACAUUGGAAACAUUAGACGCGAGUAAAUUCU